CUAAAAACAACAUAUACGAACAAACAAAUCGGUUUCGUCAAACGCUGCAUUUACUCCCUUUCGAAUUCAGUCAAUGGAUGCACACCAUUAUGAAUUUUACACACUGGAUAUUAUUCAUUCGGAUGGGUGAGAUGGAUUCCAUAGUGAUGCAAAGUAGAAGUCAAUGAACCUGUGAAGGUGAACUUGUUAGAACUCUGAGAGGUUAUGUGGCACAGCCAAGAUAAUUGGACAUUGAACUUUUUUGCAUAAUAAUCAACUAUAACAUACAGAUACAUUGUAUUAAUUCAGUUUUGAAGAUCCACCAAUAUUAUUAAAUUCAAUUUUUGUGACCAAUGUGUUUUGUCAGUAAUGUAAAAAGGCAUUUCAAUGUACCUUACACACUCGUGAAAGGCAUCAACAUGUAAACAUGUACUUCAUAUCUGGCAAGUGACUGUUGUAUUGCUUUUUUCUUCUGAAAAUCGUUCCGGAUAUAAUGAAUUAUUACAACAUAAAACUCCAAUAAAAGAUGGAGAAUUCUGAAAAAGACGAAAAGAACAAGCAAACGACCGAUGGAGUAGACACUGUUGAGAAAAUUAUUGAAGACACAGUGGCAGACGGACUACAUGCGAUGGUGCUAACCCUAGGUUAUAGAGUGGGUAUUGUUGAUGCCUUGUACAGACUGGAAACCCCUUGUACAGACAGAGAGAUCAGCGAUGAAACCGGAUUAAACCCGAGAUAUGUACAGGAAUGGUUGAUCUGCAUGACAACGAAGGGCAUCAUCCGAUACGACAAUGAAAAAUAUAGCCUUCCCUGCUCUGAACAAGUUCAAAGGGCUGUUCUCAUCUCCGCCGUAUUACCAAUGUUUGCAGAUUGUCUGCUAAAAUUGGAGCCUGCAAUGCGAGACAAGGAACAUAACACUGGUUACCCUUUUCCACAAAAAGAUUUGGAAUGGCUCGGGAAGUUCAAUGAAUUAAACACGUUUAACAGUCAUUGGGUGGAAAGUAAUUUAGGAACAGUUUUCAAAAGCCAUUUCAAAGAUUCGCAAGAACAAAUAAAGGACAUUUUAGACUUUGGUUGUGGAUACGGCAAACUCUCUCAGCAACUUGCAGAAACAUAUCAAUAUGUCAAUAUCACUGGUGUGGAUAUUGACGAACAAUCCAUUCGUCACUGCCAGAAAACAUACAAGUGUCCGAGUCUGCAUUUUACAAGUAGUAAAGACAUAUCUUCGACUUUGAAUAUUAGAUUUGAUAUCAUCAUAUUGAUGGAAGUUCUACACGAUCUUCCAGAUCCAGGGCAAAUUUUAUCAGAGUUAAGAACAGUCCUCAAACCUGAUGGAUGUAUUGUAACAUUUGACCCCAAUAUAUCCUCUGACAUUUCUACAAAUAUUGGAAGCAAAGCUGCAAAGAUUCAUUUACCAUUCAGCGUGUUCUUCUGUUUACCAAACAGUAUGUCAAAGAGUCCAGCUGUUGGACAUGGGGCUGGCUGGGGAGUUGAAGAUCGACGGAAUUUUAUCACAGAACAUGGUUUUACUAUUCUUAAUAUUGAUAAUAACUCCGUUGACCCCCAAUAUUCUAGAUUGGUGUUUAAAAAAUCAAUGUAAUGAAGUAUUUAAAAAUUCAAUGUAAUGAGAUACACAUUUGUUACUAGCGGGUGAUUUCAAUGUUUAUAUGUCAUGUUGAUUUAUAUUUUCUCUGC